AUGUUCCAUGGUAGCCUCCAUUGGUGCAUACACAACAUGAUAAUUGUAUUUGACACCACCGCCGAGUCGUUCCGGCAGAUGCGCGCUCCAGUUGAUCCUGACGGCGCUGACAUUUUUGAGAUGGAUGGAACACUCAGCAUGUCCAUCUUUAAUGAUGCAGCGACAUCCAUUGAUAUCUGGAUGGCACGGGACUACGAAAGCGAGGUCUGGGCCUUGAAAUACCGGGUUAAAUUGCCAGUUGGAAAGCUUACCAGUCAGUUUAGAAUAUUUGACGAAUUUUGGUGGCUCGUGGUCAUGUCUUCGGAAGGUGAUGUGCUUGUGCUGGUCAAAUUUGGUGCGUGGGUACUUCAGAUUGACGUGGAUGGCAAGUUGGUUGCUAGUAUACAUUGCGGAGGCCUCCGUACUACUCGACUCCGGUUCAAACAAACUCUAGUUUCACUUACAUUCUUUCCAACACUAGAGGGUUAUGUUGUGAACGCUCCGCCUUUCAUUUGA